AUCUUUGACAACUGGUUCAGUUUGACAGCUCAUUCAGGAGGAAGAUGUCUGGAAAAGUCAGACAAAAAACGUCUGCAAAUGCAGCCGAUUCUUCGACACAAAGUAUCAAUGAGAAGAUUUUGAGGGAGUGUCAUAGCUUAUACACAGAUCCGGACAGUGGGCUAGUGAAGAUUGCAGAGAAUUUAGAUCUGACAUUGCUUGCACCAAGAAAGAAAAUAACAGUAUUACUAAUUGGUAACCAUUCAGCAGGGAAAAGCUCAUUUAUAAACUGGUAUGUAGAAGAACAUGUACAAAGGACUGGGGUUGCUAUAGAAACUCAGGGAUUCACAUUUGUCACAAGUGGUCGGAAAAGAGAAUCUCUUACUGGAAAUGCCACUCUCCAUUUAUACCCACACUUUGAACCUCUACGACAGAUUGAGGGUGUCACGGAUUACUUGUGUACAGAAAUCUCCACAUCCAAACAGAAGAAAUUUAGUCUGGUCACUUUUGUUGAUACUCCUGGUCUGGUCGAUGGCGAUAUGAAAUAUCCAUUUGAUGUGAACAAAGCUAUUCUCUGGUUAGGAGAUCUAGCCGAUCUGAUAUUUGUGUUCUUUGAUCCUAUUGGUCAAGCAUUGUGCAAGAGAACUUUGAACAUUGUGGAAGAGUUGAGUCACAAACAUGCAGAAAGGAUGAAGUUCUACCUAAGUAAAGCUGAUGAAGCAGGCUUGGAAAGUGACAGACAGAGAGUCAUGAUGCAGAUUGUCCAGGAGUUAUGUAAGCGACCAAACCUGAACAGGACCGGCUUUGACAUGCCGACCAUCUACGUGCCGACCAUGAACCCGAAAGUAAGUAACCAAGGUUCUCGAUGUGUGAACCAGAUAGAAGAAGUUUGUAAGGAGGUAGAGAAGACAAUUAAACAGACAAUACAAACCACGCUUAACUCCCUUGAACGAGAUUGUGACCAGAUUGCACGUGCAGUAGAGGAUAAACUGGCUACAGACAGUGCUACAUCAUCUCAGAAUUUGAAAGCUCGGGUACGAGGAGCGACAUACGGGUUUCUGGGCAUGCUUCUGCCAUUUCUGUUACUUACGACGUUUCUCAUAAGCACACAGCAUAAAGUUUUACAAUCUGUACUCGGAAAAGAUCUCGUGGACACGUUGGCAAUAUAUCUGGGACCAUUGACGACUGCUUGGAAUUCUAUACCAAAGGAUUAUACGAUGUAUGUUUUAUUUGCCAUAUUAGGGAUUGCACUUUUGAUGUUACUGUUAGCGAAGUUUGUAUCAAGAACAAAGACCACAUUAUCAAGGAAGCAGAGAAGAUCCUUUUUAGAGAUGAAAGACUAUGUACAGAGUAUUGUCAAGUCAAAAAAGCAAACAUUGUAUGCAGACUACCUGAAACAGAGUGUAGCGGAGCAUGACUUGUAACCAUCAUGACCUUGACCUUACAUUGAAGUGACCUUGAGCUGACAAUCAUCUACCAAAUGUGGAGGGAAAAACAAUGAUAUCCCAGUGCUUUUAAUUUCUAUGAAAUCUAGUCUUCAUCAAGUAACCAGCAUUCAAGGACAUUGAUAUGAGAGUUGAGUGGAGGAAAAAAGUAUCGUUAUCAUUAUUUAUUCAUAAAUGACUGGAAUGAUAUUAGUGGGGUAUGACAGGAUGUGAAAGUGGGGCAUUAAACUGAAAACCAUGAAUAAUUAUAUCCUUGGUAACAUUCAUCAUUGUAAAUCAUUCCAACUACACAUUGUUGCAUGCAACGAACAAAAUACUCUGAUGUUUUAAUGUGUCAGACGAUUAUAUAUUGUGUCACAUGUAUUAGAAAUUUGAUGUUUUUGUAAUCAUUUUAAUGUGAUCAGCUGUAAGUACAUGUACAUAGGCAUAAAUUUGUAAAGAUUCCUAUAAAUAGUGUGUGUUUCUUUUAAAACAGUGGAAAUUUAAAAAUAUAAUUUUUUUUAAUGAUUGCCAAAUUACUCUAAUUAAUGUAGAUAUUAUGUACUUUUGGACAGGUCUAACUUGGAAAUGAAACAGUUCAACUUCACUUACAAGAGUUAUUUUAAAUGUUUAACUGCACUCAAGAUUAGAAAAAGUCUGAAUUUUCUACACGUUUAUGAAACAGUUUGAUUGUUGAUAGAUACAUUGAAUGAUAUAGUAUCAGUAUAUAGGUGGAGACUUCGUAAAAGAUGGUUCAUAAUAUCAAAACUACUUUAUGCAGCAGAAAGAUUAGCAUAUUUUUGUUUAAUAGAAAGGUGUUUGUAUAUACAGCGAAUAUUGGGACUUUGUUUUUAAAGGGGCUGGCCACCAAAUUCCUGGCAAAUGUUUAACCCUUAGCCUGCUGGCAGCAGAUGAUUCUGCCUUUGCGACCAGUGCAGACCAAGAUCAGCCUGCACAUUCGUGCAGUCUGAUCAUGGUCUGCACUGUUUGCUAUUCAGUCAGUAAAUUUUCAGUGAAAACCCCUUUGAAUAAUAAGUGGUACUGUCCAAAUUGAAAGAUGGACCAGUCCAUUAUAGAAAUAUAGCAGGGUAAGGGUUAAAAUGAAGAAUGUCAGUUAUUGUAAAUAGAAAAAGGGAACACAGUAAGGAGUUUUAGGCAACAAAUGCUUGCUUUAAGUGAAAAAUGUGUAAAUCUCUACCAAAAACUGUAAUUGUGAUGAAAAAUACUUAUUUUGCUGCAAAAAUACCUGGUUGCAUCAUAUUCAUCUAUGGUUUGAUUUUUUUUGUGUGUGUUCUGAAAACUAAAAUAUUUGGUCUUUAGUCUGGAGGCAAGCCCCUUUAAAAGAAAGUGUGACUUGUGUUUUAUAAUCUUCAGUGGCAGCUAUUGCAAGGAGAAGAUUUUAUUAUGACUGUAGUCAUUUUUGUGCUCAUGUUAAAAGUGCUCUUUAUGGUUAAAGCUUUAUAUGUGUGAAUUCUGUGUUGUUUGAUACAUGUAUUUGUCCACUUGUUGCAGCAGGUAAUUGUGCCUCUACAUGUAUGUUUUGUCUGAUAUGAUCUAAAUAACUGGAGAGCCCGCUCACAUAGCUGUAGGGAGAGCGUAUAUCUACGGAUCACGAGGUUGCAUGCUCGAUCCUCAUGCGAGGUGUAUGUUCUCUGUGACAAUUUGAUUAAACAUUGUGUAUGAAAUUUAAUUUCUGCUUAGAAUUUCAUGUUGCAACCAAAACAUCAGUUUUUGAAUGGUUAUCGAGUAUGGAUAUUAAAGACAGAAUAGAUGUUAAUUUUAUUUGUUGUCAGGAUUUGAGUUUAUUGGUUUGUACAUCCUCGAAAUUCACUGAAGUUAUAAUUAAUGAUUUCCCCAGUGUUCACAGUUAAAACUUAAAAGCCAAAAGGAUAAAUUUAUUUCUUUAGAUAUUUUUUAUGAUUUAAAUAAAACUCAAAAAAAGAUAACCUUGCUAGACUUGAACAUUCUUUAAAUGCCAUUUUUAAUGAAAAUCAUUAACUACCGGAACUGUUGUCUAUCCUUCAAGAAUGAAAUACUGUUGAAAAACAGCAUUUAACCCAAAACAAACAAACAAACAAAACUAUCCUUCAAGAAGCUAAGAAAACAUUGAAACAAGGCAAAAGCAUGCUCUUCUGAAAUUAGUUUUACAUUUCUAUUUCUUUUAGAAAAAAUUAAGUUUAAAGUUAAAAGGUUGCAAAACUAAAUUAGGAGACCAGUCUAAAAAAUGCAGCUUCGCCAUUGGUCAGUUUUCAAGACUGAGCUCAGAAGCGACCAGUCAGAUGCUGUAUUUUUGUGACAGUUUCAAAAUACUGUUUAAUCACAUUUUCGUGUAGCUCUGUCACUGAAUAGUGUACUCCAAAACACUUUGACAGAUUAUCAUGUACAUAUGCUUCAAAAAUUGCCUCAACAUUUAGUGCUUUUAGGAAAUGAAUUUUUUGUUUUUAGUUUCCGUUAGUUCAUAGUUGCAUUUUAUUGUUCUUAAACAUAGAGUUGGUUGUUGCAGAAUGUUGUGAGUCAUGUUUAUGUAAUGUUGGGAUUGGCUUUUUUGGUGACGGUCAUUUUAACAUUCAUGUUUCACUCUGCCAGUAUCGAAAAAUUGUGUUCAUUGUUAAAUGUGUGUUGGCAUUCUGUAUAAUUUUGAAAAAUUUGGAUUAAAUAUGUGUUGAGUUGAUUCGUAUUUGAAAGAUUAUAUGUAGGUUGGUAGUGUAACAUAAUUCAGCUGAAAAUUUUUGGAUGAUUGGCGAUUUGAGAAAAGAUGGUACUUCUUAAGUCAAUUUUCCUGCACCCUGGAUUCAGAUGUGAAAGAUGACAAUAUGAGAACAAUUAUGUACUGGUACAAUGUCCAGGAAUGCUCAAUAGGUUGACCAACUGUGAUGCAGAGUUUAAAUACUGCUAGGUCUUAUAUAAAACAAAAUUUUUUCAUUGGUGAAUAGUAGAUACAACCAUCUUUGUUAAUAGAAAGUAAAUGACAAAUUCCUUUUUGUGUAUAGAUGGAAACUAAGGAAAUGUGCAUUUGUGUUUGAGGCAUUACAAUAUUUGAAUCAUAAUUGAUUUGAAUUAUUUUACUGAUUGGCUGAAUACAUGGCUGAUUAUUUAUAUGUUUAUGUAUUCUCAUGAAGGAAAGCGUGCAUUAUUUCCGAGUCCCAAAUGUUAACAGAAAAAGGCAGCAUUUUAUGAAAUAUACAUUCUAAUUUUA